AUGAGUUCGAUAUUUGAGGAGGCCUCUUGUGGAUACCGAACUGAAGCAGCAGACAGCAGCGGAGACUGGACUUGCGUACCACUUGAGACCACGACGCGGUCCGUUCUCCACCUGUGUCACCUGCCAACGGAUGAGUGCGCAAAGUGGGUGGAUUCGACACGCAACGCUGCAAGUUGCUGCUGGACAAACAGAGACUUUUGCUUGGCGCGCUGUCAAUCUGUGACGCGGCUUCUGCGUGCAGAUAUUCGCGAUGGCAUUCCGAUGCAGUGCGCGGCAGCCGUCAUGUCGCGCCUGUACUGCAGUGCUCUGUCCAGGAGCUGCAACCCAACCCGGUUUUUGCCCGGUUCGGCGUUGCCGGGUGGAUCAAGACUCUUGACUCUUGAAGAGGAUCCGUUGCAGACAGGCAUGAGUCGCGGCACACGCUACGCACCUGGCGCCACCCCGCGCUUGCAAGUAUUUCGCUACAAAUAG